AUGAGUGCCACCAAGGAACUACCCAAGCUUGUGUUUGUCACCGGCAACAAGAACAAGCUCAGUGAGGUGCAAGCCAUCUUGAAGGGUGUCAUUGAUGUGGAGUCUCACAAGAUUGAUUUGCCUGAACUUCAAGGUCAUACUGAAGAGAUUGCCAAGCAAAAAUCUAAGCUUGCCGCUGAAAUUCUUAAUGGCCCUUGUAUUACAGAAGACACAGCCUUAUGUUUCAAUGCCUUGAACGGACUUCCCGGCCCCUACAUUAAAUGGUUCCAAGAUUCCAUUGGUCAUGCUGGCAUCAAUAAGAUGUUGGAUGGAUUUGAUGAUAGAUCAGCUUAUGCACUCUGUACAUUUGGCUACUGUGAGGGUCCUGGACAUGAGCCUAUUAUCUUUGAGGGUAGAACCAAUGGUAAGAUUGUGGCAGCACGUGGUCCUGGUACCUUUGGUUGGGAUGCCAUUUUCCAACCUGAUGGCUUUGAAGAGACUUAUGCUCAAUUAGAUAAAGACAUCAAGAACACCAUUUCUCAUCGUGGAAAGGCUUUGGAGGUGUUGAAAAAGUACUUUGAAGACAAGGAACAACACCAAAAAGCUUAA